AUGGCGACAUCAUCAUCGUUGCCAUUUCUUCUCCUUUCAACUCUGCUAGCAGCCAUUGUUGUUCUUCUUCAAUCUCCAGUUUCACAUGCAGACCUAGAUCACCAAAAAACUUACUUUUACGCUUGCCUCUCAAACAAAGUAUGGACAAACCCAUCAGCUCCCGUUAGCGUCAUCGGAGCUUUAUACACCUCCACCAAUUCAUCCUUCUCCGACAUCCUCAACCUCCACAUCCACAACAAGAGGUUUAACAGACCAAACACACCCAAACCCAUCGCCAUCAUAACCGCUUUUCAUGAAUCCCAUGUUCAGGCGGCGGUUGUAUGCUCCAAAGCCAGCAACUUUCAGCUCAGAAUCCGAAGUGGCGGCCAUGACUACGAAGGCUUCUCCUUCGUAUCAGAUAUCCCCUUCGUUCUUCUCGACAUGUACAAUCUUAAAUCUAUUAGCGUCAACAUUCAAAACGGCACCGCUUUAGUUGAGGCUGGUGCAACACUUGGUCAACUUUACUAUAAAGUCGCGAAGAAUAGCCAUGUUCAUGCCGUCGCUGCCGGAGUCUGUCCUAGUCUCGGCACCGGCGGCCAUUUUAGCGGCGGUGGCUAUGGCAACCUCAUGAGAAAAUACGGCCUCUCGGUGGACAACAUUAUUGAUGCAAAAAUUGUCAAUGUAAAUGGUGAUAUCCUUGACAGAGAAUCAAUGGGAGAGGAUCUGUUUUGGGCCAUAAGAGGAGGUGGAGGUGCUAGCUUCGGUGUGAUUCUCUCAUGGACGAUCAAGCUAGUGGCGGUUCCUCCAUUGGUGACGGUGUUCAAGGUGAAUAGAACCUUAGAACAAGGUGUCACCGACAUUGUUUACAAAUGGCAACGUGUUGCACCAAAGCUUCACAGGGAUCUUUUCAUCAGACUCCAGCACGAGGUGCGUCACAAGACGGUUCAAGUUUCCUUCAUUGGCGAGUUCUUGGGACGAACUCAUAGACUUUUGAGUUUGAUGAAAGAAAGUUUUCCUGAACUGGGAUUACGCAAAAGUGAUUGCCUUGAAUUGCCUUGGGUCAACAGCACUGUUUUCUAUACAGAAGGUCCAAUCGGAUACCCAGCAGAAGCGUUACUAUUCGAAGCAAAAUACCCUGCUCAAAUCUAUUUCAAGAGCAAGUCAGAUUUUGUGAAGAACAUUAUCUCGAAAGAGGGGUUGCAAUCUAUUUGGAAGAAGUUCAUCGAGAGUGAGAUAAUUGUUAUGCAAUGGAACCCCUACGGUGGAAGAAUGUGGGAGAUUUCAGCUUCGGCUACUCCGUUUCCUCAUAGAGCAGGGAACUUGUUCUUGAUUCAGUACUACAUGAUUUGGUUACAAGAUGGAGAAGAUAUCACUAAUCGUAACUUGAAUGUUUCAAGGUCCAUGUAUGAGUUCAUGACUCCUUUUGUUUCGAAAUUUCCAAGGGAGGCUUUUCAUAACUACAGGGACAGAGAUAUUGGAGCCAAUCCAAGCAAUGGAACAACCAAUGUUGACAGAGCUCGAAUUUAUGGAGCCAAGUUUUUCAGAGAGAAUUUUGAUAGACUGGUGAAGGUCAAAACCAGAGUUGACCCUGACAACUUUUUUAGAUAUGAACAGAGUAUACCACCCCAAAAAUAUUAA